AUGCAUUACCAUAACCUUCUUAUUGCCGCGCUCGCCAUCGCAGCCCCUCUUUCCCUCGCCCUUCCUCUCGCCGACCCUGAGCCCGCAAAAGGUGCCCCAGCCACAAAUAAAGUGCCCGAGAACCAGAACAUCUACGCCAAACCUACUUGGCUUUCUAUUCCUAUCAUUGACCCUACCAAACUUUCCAUCUUUCCUACUCCUGCUCCCACGCAAAAGCCAGAACCUGUUACCACGAAGGGUGAGCAACAAGAUGGACAGGAUCAUGCUACGAAGACAGUGAAGGGGGGCGAGGGCGGGCCGGCGCAGAGUAGUCAGGUCUCUACUACCCAUGCCCCUAAGAAUCCAGAGGCUAAAGGGAAGGGAAAGGACCAGAGGGAUGUUGAGGAGCUUGAGGAUAGGGACGUUGCAGAUUUGGACUUGGAUUGGGAGACAGAGGGAAGAUUGGCGGAUAUGAGAGUUGAUUUGGAAGAGAGAGGUACAAGUGGAAAGCCCACUGGAGGUUUCACUGGAAAACCUGAUCCAGCACCUGCACCUACCGCAACUGCAAAACCAACUCAGCAUUUUACUGGAAAACCGGAUACUGAGCCGGCUCAAACAGCUACUGCUAAACCAACCCAGCACUUCACUGGUAAACCUGACGGACCCGAACCAACAGUAACAGCUAAGCCCACUGAGCACUUCACCGGCAAACCUGAUGGGCCCGUUCAGACUGCCACCGGAAAACCAACUCAGCACUUUACCGAGAAGCCAGAUACACCACCUACCAAGAUAAUCAACACUGUUGAACCUGUCAAGACCUCUACCGUUUUCACUGAUAAGCCAGAAAGUGUUCCAAGAACAUUUACGACCGUGUACAAUAACGGCGGUCAGGCUACCCCAAGUUCCAUUCUGGUCAAUACCUAUGGACCGGUUAGUAGUAGUAUCAUCGUAAUUCCCGUACCAGUUGGUACUGGGAAGCCUACUGGAGGAAGAGGAUUUUAG